AACAAAUUUUUGCUUUUGUUUGUGCAAAAAUAGAUUUUGUUGCAGAAAUUAUUAGAAAAAUUCUAAAAUAACCAACGUUAUUACAGGUUUAUAUUAAAAUUAUUUAAAAAAUAUUGUUAAAAUGUCCGAUAAUGAUGAUGAUUUCAUGUGUGAAGAUGAUGAGGAUUAUGGUUUGGAAUAUUCAGAAGAUAGCAAUUCGGAACCAGAUGUUGAUUUAGAAAAUCAAUAUUAUAACAGCAAAUCGCUGAAAGAAGAUGAUCCCAAAGCGGCAUUGGCCUCAUUUCAAAAGGUUUUAGAUUUGGAAAAUGGUGAAAAAGGUGAAUGGGGCUUUAAGGCUCUAAAGCAAAUGAUUAAAAUUAACUUUAAAUUGAAUAAUUAUGGGGAAAUGAUGGUGAGAUACCAACAACUGCUGACUUACAUAAAGAGUGCUGUGACGCGCAAUCAUUCGGAAAAGUCUAUUAACUCUAUAUUGGAUUAUAUAUCCACAUCUAAAAAUAUGGAAUUACUUCAAAAUUUCUAUGAAACCACUUUGGAGGCUCUGAAGGAUGCAAAAAAUGACCGCCUUUGGUUCAAGACCAAUACCAAAUUAGGCAAACUCUAUUUCGAUCGCAGCGAAUUUGGCAAACUACAAAAAAUUCUUAAACAACUUCACUCAUCCUGUCAGACGGAUGAUGGUGAAGAUGAUUUAAAGAAGGGCACCCAACUCUUGGAAAUCUAUGCCUUGGAAAUUCAAAUGUACACAGUGCAAAAGAACAAUAAAAAACUUAAGGCUUUGUACGAGCAAUCGCUACAUAUUAAGUCGGCCAUACCGCAUCCUCUGAUUAUGGGCGUAAUUAGAGAAUGCGGCGGCAAAAUGCAUUUGCGUGAAGGUGAAUUUGAAAAGGCUCAUACAGAUUUCUUUGAGGCAUUUAAAAAUUAUGAUGAAUCGGGUUCGCCAAGACGUACGACUUGCUUGAAAUAUUUGGUAUUGGCAAAUAUGCUAAUGAAAUCCGGUAUCAAUCCCUUCGACUCCCAAGAAGCCAAACCCUAUAAAAAUGAUCCUGAAAUUCUGGCCAUGACCAAUUUGGUGGUGUCCUAUCAGAACAAUGAUAUCAACGAAUUUGAAUCGAUUCUAAGACACAAUCGUAGCAACAUUAUGGCAGAUCCAUUUAUAAGAGAACACAUUGAAGACUUAUUGCGCAAUAUUCGCACACAAGUAUUGAUUAAAUUGAUACGUCCCUACAAGAAUAUUGCCAUACCAUUUAUAGCGAAUGCUCUCAACAUUGAACCAGCUGAGGUGGAAAGUUUAUUGGUAUCCUGUAUAUUGGAUAAUACCAUACAAGGACGUAUAGACCAAGUCAAUCAAGUCUUACAAUUGGAUAAGGAGAACAGCACCGGCUCACGUUAUAAUGCCAUUGACAAGUGGUCCAAUCAAAUACAGUCUCUACAAAUGGCCGUUAUCAAUAAAAUGGCUUGAAAAUUACCCCUUAAACGAAAGCAUUCAUAUACAUAUUUUUAACUAAAGAAAACACAACAGAAAAGAAAUAAAAAUCUUAUAAAGAAAUUAA